CAAGAAGCUGCUGUGGUACUUAGCUGGGGGUGACGGGGGAGGAUGUAAAAAGCCAAGGCUCUUCCCGGGCAGCAGGGAAGCCCACUUGAGGAUCCAGAAAAAGAGAUAACGUGUGCAAGACUCAAUGUCCACUGUAGGCCCUAAUAGGCUUAGGUCAACCUAGCAUGGAUUCCAGGGCUACAGGAAACGCCAAGCCUGGCAGCCUUGGGACCAAAGUCCUCCAUUUGCCAAAUUCACCCUAGAAAUAAGGGACCCCAAGCUGUCAUUGUUCUGACCCCCAAAGAGGUGACUCUUGGCCGUGAUAGGAGUCUGAGAAGUCGGUAUUAUUGGGUUAGAAGAAUGGUUGACAACCUCAGCUAAGCCUAGCGGCUGGGGCAGCUGAGGCCUUCCAUGGUAGUGUCAGCCUUUCUCCCUCCCAGCCCCAGUUUCCUCUGGGCAGGGGGCCUGGCCCCAUGGUCUCCUAGGGCAGCCCUUUGAGAACCACCUGCCCCAGCCGGCCAGAGACUUCCUGUAGCGCAAGAGAUUUAUGCAAACGGGCUGGGGCGGUGAUGUCACCCCAAGGGGACUAUCUCCCAGUGGCAGGCCCUUCGAUAAAAUCAGGAACUUGUGCUGGCCCUGCAAUGUCAAGGGAGGGGGCUCACCCAGGGCUCCUGUAGCUCAGGGGGCAGGCCUGAGCCCUGCGUCUGACCCACGACCGUCCAGCCCCCCGACGGGGCACCUGGUCCUGAGGGGAUCCGCCUUGAUCCCCACCGAGGCCAGGGGAUCUGACCAACUUGGAGCUCAGCUGGAUGUUACAGGCGUGCAAAAUGGAAGGGUUCCCCCUCGUCCCCCCUCAGCCGUCGGACGAGCUGGUCACUUACGAGCCAGAGCUCUACCAACGCCAAACACAUGACUUCUACUCCUUCAUCGGCAGCGAUGCGGACAGCCACAGUGAUCAUUACUGGGACUUCUCCACACACCACGUACACAGCGAGUUUGAGAGCUUCCCUGAGAGCCAUUUCACGGAGCUGCAGAGCGUGCAGCCCCCGCAGCUGCAGCAGCUCUACCGUCACAUGGAGCUGGAGCAGAUGCAUGUCCUUGAUACCCCCAUGGCGCCGCCCCACGCCAGCCUCAGCCACCAGGUUCCCUACGUGCCCCGGAUGGUCUUCCCUUACCAAUCCUUGUCCCCAGCCCACCAGCAGAGCUCUGAUGAGGAAGAGGGGGAGAGGCAGAGCCCCCCGCUGGAGGUAUCUGACGGAGAGGCUGAUGGCUUGGAGCCUGGGCCAGGCCUUCUGCACGGGGAGACAGGCAGCAAAAAAAAGAUUCGCCUGUACCAGUUCCUGCUGGACCUGCUGCGCAGCGGCGACAUGAAGGACAGCAUCUGGUGGGUGGACAAGGACAAGGGCACCUUCCAGUUCUCGUCCAAGCACAAGGAGGCGCUGGCGCACCGCUGGGGCAUCCAGAAGGGCAACCGCAAGAAGAUGACCUACCAGAAGAUGGCGCGCGCGCUGCGCAACUACGGCAAGACGGGCGAGGUGAAGAAAGUCAAGAAGAAGCUCACCUAUCAGUUCAGCGGCGAGGUGCUGGGCCGCGGGGGCCUGGCCGAGCGGCGCCUCCCGCCCCACUGA